AUGGGGUUGUGUUGGUACCGCCAAGACCUAGUCAUCGGACACAACAUCAACAACACAAUUCGCUACCUGGACAUCGAUGGCGGCAUGUCUUACCCAAUGGUGUGGGUCAAUGGCCAUCUGGUUGGGGGUUGGCCAUUUGGAUAUAACUCGUUCCGCCUGAACAUUUCACCAUAUUUGAAAGAAGGCAGCAACACCCUGGCAAUCCGCACGGAGAAUCCUGCUGGGCACUCGUCGCGUUGGUAUCCAGGCGCCGGUCUCUAUCGCAACGUCUGGCUGACGACAGUGAAAUCCGUGCACGUUGGUCACUGGGGCACCAAAGUCACCUCGCGCGAUGUUUCCAAAGACUCGGCCACGAUUGACUUGUCGGUCACAAUCCAGACAUUCAAAGAUUCUAUUGUGGGAGCCAAUGAAACACAAACCACUGUUACCAUCAUCAGCGAAGUCUUUGAGCUCGACUCCGCAAAUGGUCAACGACGACCAGAGCCCGUGGCACAGUUUCCCUGGCAGACCCUCGACUUGGCUGGCAAUAACACUGAGACCAACUCCUCCGUGAUUAUCAACAGUCCUAAGCUGUGGGGACCACCUCCAUCGCAAAAGCCCAGUCUCUAUGAAGUCGUCACUACAUUGUAUGCUGGAAGAGAUACACGGCAAUCCUUGCUCCUGGAUUCCUAUGAAACCAAGUUUGGCAUCCGUUCUGUGGUCUUCGAACCGAAUAAGGGAAUUGUCGUCAAUGGCGAGCAUGUCUAUCUACAAGGUGUCAACCAGCAUCACGAUCUCGGAGCCUUAGGAGCGGCCUACAAUCAUCGAGCCGCAGUCAGACAACUCGAGACACUGCAGGAGUUGGGUGCCAACGCAAUCCGACUAUCACAUAAUCCCCCUGCACCCGAGCUACUGGAUUUGACAGAUAGGAUGGGCUUUCUGGUGAUCAACGAAAUAUUCGAUAGUUGGUUUGAAGGGAAAGCUGAUCUAGAUUUUCACUUGAUCUUCGAAGAUUGGCGAGAGCCUGAUCUGCGCGCUUUGAUCCGGCGAGAUCGAAAUCACCCAUCAGUCAUUCUAUGGAGCUACGGUAACGAGGUCAAGGAACAGUCUAGCGAUGACGAGGGCGCGGCAGAGAUUUCAGUUUACCUACGUGACAUCUGUCACCAAGAGGAUUCAACUAGACUUACCACAUCGGCUAUCCACUUUUCUUCUCCGAACUCGUCGCUGGCUCAGACUCUGGAGCUCAUCAGCAUCAACUACCAAGGCGAGGGCGUCAGGUACGGCCCAGCGUACGAGUACCUGACCGGGAAUAAGAAGACGCCCCAAUACGACGCUUUCCAUAAGGCCUUUCCCGACAGGGUCAUCACGAGCAGUGAAUAUGCGUCAUCUCUCAGUCUCCGAGGGUCUUUCUCGUUCCCUGUCACGCCGUACAAUAGUGCACCGGUCAACACCCAAGCUGGAUCGUCGCCAGAUCGGGUCUUUCUAGCCCAGGAUGAACACCCAUACGUCUCCGGUGGCUUUGUCUGGACAGGAUGGGAUUACAUCGGGGAGCCAUACUACCACAAGGGCACCAGAAGCGGAGACUGGGGAAUAAUCGACCUGGCCGGUUUCAAAAAGGAGCGGUUCUGGCUGUACCAAGCUCGUUGGCGGCCCGACUUUCCCAUGGCACACAUAGUUCCUCACUGGACCUGGCCGAACCGAACUAGGGAGAUUACGCCCGUUCAUGUCUUCUCAUCGGGUGAUGAGGCCGAGCUCUUUGUCAACGGCGAGUCAAAAGGUCGAAGAACUCGCGAGAGUAACCCGGGUUUCUAUCGGUUCAAGUGGGAUGACGUGAAGUACGAGCCGGGAGAGGUGCACGUUGUCACGUACAAGGAUGGCAAGGAAUGGGCAAACGAUACCGUCAGAACUACAGGCGACGCUGUUGGACUUCGACUGAAGGCUGGCCGUGAAAAGAUUGCGGCGGACGGCGAGGACGUUUCCUUCAUUACGGUCGAGGUCGUGGACGCUGACGGGAAUGUGGCACCGUUGGCAAAUAACAUGAUAUCGAUGUCCGUCGCAUAUGGGCCAGGCGAGAUCGUUGCGACAGACAAUGGACAUCCGGGGGAUUUUACAGCGUUUACGUCCAAAGAACGAAAGGCAUUUCAUGGUCUACUAUUCGCGAUUGUCAAGUCUACUGGUACAGGGGAUUCUAUCAUCACAGCAAACAGUACCGGAUUGAAGUCGGCGAGUCUUCCUUUGAUAGCGGUUUAA